CUUUGCCAAGACGUCCGACCCAGGGUAACUCACCGCAGCACAAGGCCAGGCCACCUCCAUCCCGCCUUUCCAACAUGAGUGGAGAAGUGUAGGACAACAUCGAAGACUCUGCAGACCAAGCAUCCAUAAUGUCGCGCCUCAAUGGCACUACUAACGGCGCUACAAAGCGCAGCGCAAGCCAGAAGAUACUGAACGACGCAGUAGGCGUGACAAAGAGCAACGAGGGAGAUGAAAAGACGGACUACACAAGAUGGAGACUCAAGGACGACCGAGGAUGUCAGACAUGGCAUUACCUGCAAAGCGACGAGGAGAUCAAGGCGUGGCCACAAAGCACAGCGGACAAGUAUUUCCUAGGCCUCGACACGGAACAACCAACUCUUGCGCCCGCAAAGACACCCCUUGAAGCUGCCCACAAUGGCCUCACCUUCUUCUCCCAACUCCAGCUCCCACCUGGCAACUGGGCUUGCGAAUACGGCGGUCCCAUGUUCCUCCUCCCUGGCCUCGUAGUCACUUGGUAUGUCACCGAGACACCAAUACCAGCGUCGCAUGCGAUCGAGAUCAAGAACUACCUCUUUGCCCGCGCGAAUCCAGAAGACGGUGGCUGGGGGCUACAUAUUGAGGGAGAGAGUACCGUGUUCGGUACGGCAAUGAACUAUACCGUCCUCAGGCUGCUUGGCGUCGAUGCAGAAGAUCCCAGAAUGCGGAAAGCGCGAGACACACUUUGGAAACUGGGCGGCGCGCUCAACGGUCCGCAUUGGGCAAAGUUCUGGUUGAGCGUGUUGGGUGUGACGGAAUGGGAUGUUGUCAAUCCCUGUCCACCUGAGCUAUGGCUGCUGCCAGACUGGGUCCCUAUUGCGCCGUGGAGGUGGUGGAUACAUAUGCGACAGGUCUUUCUGCCCAUGUCCUAUGUCUAUUCCAAGAAGUGGUCAUACCCGCUCAACGACCUUACACGUCAAUUGCGGGCCGAGCUGUUGAUGGAGCCAUUUGAGAAGAUCAACUUUGGCGCACGGCGGAAUACUAUUGCCCCGACGGACAAUUACCAUGCGAAAUCUUGGAUGCUCAAGGUCUUGUUCUGGUUCCUGGCCGCUAUAUGGUUCCCAUACAUCAGGCCCACUUGGAUGGUAAAGCGUGCUGAAGAGCAUGUAUGGUGGCUGAUCGAAGCCGAGGAUGAGAACACCGAUUUUGCUAAUUUGGGUCCUGUCAACGGUCCCAUGAACAUGUUGGCUGCUUAUGUCAGAGAAGGACCCAAGUCCCAUGCUGUUCGUGAGCAUCUUAAGACUCUUCCGGAGUUCCUCUGGGUAAAGGACGAAGGUAUGCUUAUGAACGGCACAAACGGUGUACAGACGUGGGACACCGCAUUCCUCAUUCAAGCCGUUGAGUCUUGCGGCUGGGCAAAGGAUACGAAAUGGAAGCACAUGCUUACAAAGAGUCUUGAGUUCUUAGAAGACCAGCAGAUUCUGGAAGAAACCCGAGAUCAACAUGCAUGCUAUCGUCAACAACGCAAAGGUGCCUGGGGCUUUAGUACACGAAAGCAGGGGUACACAGUCAGCGACUGCACAUCUGAGGGUCUCAAGAGCACGCUUAUUCUCCAGCGGGAUAACGAAUUCCCUGAACUUAUCAACGAACGCCGCGUGAAGGACGCCAUUGACGUCCUGCUGACCAUGCAGAACGCGUCUGGUGGCUGUGCUUCCUAUGAGCCGACACGGGGCAGCGUGCUCCUCGAACACCUUAACGCAGCAGAAGUCUUCGGCAACAUCAUGAUAGAGUAUGACUACCCCGAAUGCACGACCGCUGUCGUUACCGCACUCGACAUGUUCCAACACCAUUAUCCCGAUUACCGUGCCGCGGAAAUCUCUGCCUUUCGCGAUCGGGCGGUGGCAUACAUUCGGGCUGCCCAACGCCCAGACGGGUCUUGGUACGGCAGCUGGGGUAUAUGCUUCACCUAUGCCGGCAUGUUUGCUCUUGAGUCACUCAAGUGCUCUGGUGAGCAGUACGACAACUCUGAACGUGUGAGAAGGGCGUGUCAGUUCUUCCUAGACAAACAAAUGGAAGAUGGAGGCUGGGGCGAGACAUACAAGAGCUGCGAGACCGGUGUCUGGCAGCAGCAUCCGCGCAGUCAGGUUGUCCAGACUGCUUGGGUGGUCAUCGCAAUGAUUGAGGGCGGGUUUCCACACAAGGAACCACUUGAAAGAGCUGUCAAGCUCAUCAUGCAGAGACAGCAAGCAAAUGGAGAGUGGCUGCAGGAGGCUAUUGAGGGAGUGUUCAAUAAGUCUUGUAUGAUUUCCUAUCCGAAUUACAAGUUCAUCUUCCCGAUCAAGGCGCUGGGAAUGUAUGCAAAGCACUUCGGCGAUGACGCGUUACUCUGAAGCAGUCUAUACGAACUUAGUCCUACAGUUGAUAGGCUAGGGAGACGAGGACGAGUACGAGUGGACAGGGCUGUAUAUAUCAACUCAAUAAUACUAAUAUCAUGAUCAAGCUCCUGUAUAUACAGGGAGCAUACAAA